AUGAGUAGCAAAAUCGAUGGGCUGUCUGAGAUUUUCAAUAAUCUCUGUCAGUUGAAUACAAAGUUUGUAAAUCAUAAAUCCUCUAGAAAUGGCGACAAACGAAGUACUUGUGAACUGGGGACGCAAACUGAUCUGUACUCGGAGCAGAGUGUUGCUCAAGACCCACCUGUCGCACAGACUGCAGAUAUCAACUUGUCUACUGAAAUAGAAGACCUCAAGUUAGACUUUCUAAUGAGGCCCCAUUAGGGGGGGUAUGGGUAUUCCGUAUCCCUGUUAUUUUUCGUUCAAAUAUCCCGUAUUCCUAUAAUUAUUCAGUAUUGUAUCCCUAUAAUGCCAAAAUUAAAGAGUACAUAGGACAUGGACAAUAUAUAUAUCCCGUAUCCCUCUAAUAUCCCGUAUCCCUUUAGUAUCCCGUUUCCCUCUAAUUUUUCCCUUAAAUAUCCUGUAUCCCGAUAACCCCUAAUGGGGCCUCUCUAAUUAUUGAAUCAAAUUAUCGAAAACUGCGAGAGAUUUGGAGGCUAAAAGGCAAGCGAUGGAACAACUUCGGGGCGAGCUAGCGACCGUAGGGGAGAAUAUCAGAUGCUCCUAAGGGUGUCGUGUACUGCCUAAUGAUAAUACUAAAGAAAAGUUAAAUUAUUCAACCCAGUUAAGCUUUCAAACACCAAUAAUCGUUUAUUCUAAUCAUGAUAACUCUAAUGCAAUUCAACCACGCGUUACUCACUCACCAACAAAUUGUGUCGAAAAAAUCCAAAUUAUUCAACCCAGCCAAGCGCACAAACAUCAACAAUGUCUGAAGCUAAUUAUGGUAACCUAACCCAGAGAAGUUUCCAAUCACCAACAAUUGACCGCAAUGCAAAAAAUACCUGCGAAAUAGGAAACCAAUUCCAAAACAUUUUCCAAAAUCAAACCCUGAAACAAUGCAUGGUUCACCAAGCACCUAAAUCUAACAAAGAAUACAUUAAUACCAUAGCAGAAACUGAACCCUGUGCACCGCGGAGUACCAAGAUUACUGAAUGGUAGGCAAUCUGCCCCUCGUUGAAACAGUACAAUCAAAGUUUAGCACUGAAGCCGUCCUUUUUUGCGGCAACGCUACCGCAGGAAGAGUCGAGGCAGUUCGGUAAAACAGAAUCACCGGUAAUACAUCAAUAAUCGUCGAAAGCAAGAUUGGCACAAUCACUUGAACCUUGUACGCCAUAUUAUGACCUAAAAACUGCAAGUCAUGGAUAUGACGAGUAUAUGACUUAGAGCACUAACAUAAUAUCACUCACGUCAAUUUUUCAUACUGACUCAUUGAAUAUUCAAAUCUGUCAAAUACUCGACUCUGAAUCCCAACCUCGCUGGAAUUGCAUUAAACAUCGUCCAACUACAGGGUUUAUUUUAAGAAAAAUUUAGAACUGCACAUAUAGAAUGUUACGAAGGCAACGGGAGUUUGACUGGGAGGGGCCGGGCGGGGGUCGAAUGAUUUUUUAUCUGCAUAUAGGUGACAGAAUAAUGGUGUGGUUGGGUGGGAGAAUUGGUGAAAGGCCAGACAAACUCGAUUUUGGUUGCGGGAGCUAGGGGGUGUUCCCCCAAAUAAUUUGAAUCUAGAGGCUCUUAAGUUCUGGGAAAGAUUUGUUUUACCCAAACCACUCACAAAAACUGUUUCAAAGCAUGUAACUGGGAAUUAUUGAUAUUCAAUAUAUAACAACCCUAAAUUUGCAUCUGAGACAGCAAAGAAUAUUAGGUUGUCCCGCUCUAAUCUCUUUUAGGGUGCUUCGCUCGCCCCAAUUUUACCUUCUUUUCCAUUACUCCAGCACGUAUUAAAGUGAUUUGUGAGGAAAAUAGGAGGGUCUGGAGUCCUCCCACAAAAACGUUUAUGUUUUUGAUACUCGCAUUUCUGGAAUUUUAAUUAAGGCUAUUGUUGUUAGUUUAGUGAGUGCACAUUUGUGUUUUAAGAACUGCACAAAUGGGUUUAGAACUGCACUUUUUGUGUACAACUGCACGUUAAAAUAAAGCCUGUCCAACGACUGGCUCGUUAAUCACGAUUCCAACCACCCGUCUAUCCUAUGACUUCCCAACAUCCUUCCUAAGCAACACCCGUUCCAUGACCAAUAAACUGGAUGAGAUCAGUGUAACUAUUACUAAUAAUAAAUGUGAUAUUGCAAUCAUCACAAAAUCAUGGCUUUCGUCAAAUAUUACGAAUGAUCUCAUUAAGAUCCCCGGGUUUUCAUGCAUUCGCAAAGACGGAUGUGACGACCAACGUGGUGGAGGAUUAUGCACCUAUUGGAAAAUUCUUAACACCAGAGAAUCUAACCCGAAAAAAUAGUACGAUAAUAUCAAGUCCAUGUCUGGUUUAUCCAAAUCCGAACCUUUUUCGAGAAUCUUCCAUGAUGGUGAGUUCAAAAGAGGUCCUGAGCUUGCUGAACUAAUUGCCGAAUCUUUCUGUGUUGUUUCAGACAGAUUGGCCCGACUCUGCUUCAACAAGCUUCACAUUACACCAGUUCCUGAUGAGUACAUAAUAUCAACCGAACAAGUCGAAACCGAAUUGGAAAAGAUCAGUCCUCAGAAACCAAUUGGCCCCGACGGCAUUCCGAACUGGGUACUGAAAUCAGCCGCACCGCUGCUUUCUGGUCCGAUACGUUUCAUCUUUAAUGCCAGCAUUGCACAAGGUCGCAUCCCGACAUUCUGGAAAUCAGCAGACGUUAUCCCAGUAUCAAAAAUAUCUAAUCCCAAAUCAGUUGAUAGCGACCUAAGACCUAUUUCUCUCUCACCGGUGCUGAGUAAAUUAUUGGAAGGCUUCGUUUUUCGUUGGCUUUUUAAUUAUAUCAAACCAUCAAUAGGCCCGCUCCAGUUUGGAAAUAUGACACAUUGCUCCACCACACACGCUCUUAUCCACAUGAUCCAUAACUGGCUGGCCGAAUUAGAAAACACUGGUUCGACUAUCAGAUGUUGUAUGAUUGACUUUUCGAAAGCCUUUGACCGCAUCGAUCAUAAUAUUUUACUUCAUAAAUUACAACAACUUAACAUCCCUCCUAUGUUGUUGAACUGGUGCUCUGAGUUCCUGCACGACCGAUAUCUACGUGUCAAACUUGGCCAGAAUAAAUCAUCAUGGCGACAAAUAAAUGCAUGGGUUCCACAAGGUACAAAACUUGGACCCCUCUCCUUUCUUGUGACGAUAAACGACUUGCUAAUUAACAUUCCAUUGUACAAAUAUGUCGAUAACUGUUCCACUUAUGAAAUCGUUUCAAGAUCGUUCCCCAAUUCAUCGCUCCAAACUAAUAUAAACACUAUAAAUGACUGAACCAAUCACAACAACACGAGGCUUAAUGUAUCUAAAACCAAAGAAAUGCGUAUAUCCUUCCUUAGAGUUCCCAUGGAAUUCGAUGCCCUCUCUUCAUCUGGUUUAAACAGAGAAAUCGUCCAGACCUUCAAACUUCUGGGAGUGAUAAUAUCAUCGGAACUUACCUGGAAUGCGCACGUUGAUUACAUCUGCACCAAGCAAGUAAACGUCUUUAUGACGUUUUACGAUCUGGUGCGCCAGCCAAUGAUUUAAUAACGGUCUUUUGUGCAUAUAUUUGUCCAGUUUUGGAAUACGCCUCACCUGCAUGGCAUUUAUCUCUCCCUCAAUUCCUCGCUGACCAAAUCGAGAGUAUACAAAAACGUGCAUUGAAGAUCGCUUUCCCGCAGUCCUCUUUUGCUGCUUCAAAAUGUUGGCCUUCUUACACUUUACCAGCGAAGAGAGAAUCACUGCUUGUCAUUUUAUAAGAACAUCCAUCAACACUCAGACGACAAGUUGAGAACACUACUUCCCAGUGCUAUAUCUCACAAAUUCAGUCUAACAAACAAACGCACUCAUCUUAUGUACAAGUGCAAAACUGAACGAUAUAAGAACAGUUUUAUCCCAAAGUGUGUUAGAAACUAGGACCGAAAAUAGGCAUAACAUAAUAUUUUAUAGUACAUAUCCAUAUAGUUUAUAAUAUAGUAGUUUUAACCGAACUUUUUGCAAUUUUUAAAAGCUUUAACAUUAUCUUUGUACGUAAUAUCAUGUUUUUUAAAUUUUUAUGAAUUUACAAUGUGGUAAUUAUUAAAGAUCAAUCAAUCAAUCAAACACUCCGACAGCGCUGAAUGACGGACAACAACAAUCUCUUGAUAAUUAAUUUCUCCCCUAGAGCCAAGUGAAUCUAAAAUAGUUCUUUAAAGACGGUGCCAUUUCACCUGGCGAUUUUUGUUGAGGAGAAGCACGUGCUUGAGUAUAUCAGACAUCUUGAGGAACUGCAAGUUGUAUCUAUGAUAAGAGAGAAUUCCGGAUUGUACUCCCUCGACUGUACUCCCAUGACUUCAUCAGAAAUCGAUCGUGUGUGACACAACUUCUGUCUGUUUUCCACGCUAUCGGCAAGAGCUUGGACAAGAACAUCGAAACAAACAUUCUAUAUUUGGACUUCGCCAAAGCAUUCGACUCCGUUGACCAUGACAUUCUUCUUGCCAAAUUAAAAUCAUAUGGGGUAAGUGGAAACUUGUUAAAUUGGUUCACCGACUACCUGCACGGCCGUGUUGAAAGAGUCGCUGUAGAUGGUGUAACAUCCGAUUGGGCGACUGUAACGUCUGGCGUUCCUCAAGGAAGUUUACUUGAUCCUCUACUUUUCGUUAUCUUUAUCAACGAUUUCCCUUAUGUUGUGUCUGAUGCGUCACAGACAGCACUGUAUGCUGGUGAUUCGAAACUUUACAAGAGCAUAUCCUGUCUUGGUAGCUGUGAAAGCUUGCAACAAUCCCUGAAUCAUCUGAGUAUUUGGAGCCAUAACAACAACAUUAGUUUUAACGCAUCGAAGUGCAAG